AUACUUAGAGUCGAGAGUGUCGGCGGUGGGUGACCUGGAUGGCCAUGGUUGCUUACCUUCGCAGGAGGCAGCCCUCUUGGAGCUGCUCCGGGGUCAGGAUGGCUAUGCAGAGCCAGCGACCCCUGCUUCUCUAGCGCCCUUCAACCUCGAGCUCGUGUCUCUCCCUGAGGAUCUUACCGGUGAAGACGAAGUGGUUUGCUGCCCCUAUUGGGAUCCUGCCCUCAAGCAUAAUGCUAAGAACUAUAGACGUUUCAUCCAGAAGCUCAACUCAAUUCAGUAUUUGGAAUUCACUCUCAAUCCUUGUCAACAUGCGGGGGUUUUCUUUGUCUGGAAGAGUGAUAAGAAACGCAUCCGGAUGAUCAUUGAUGCACGCCCUGCCAAUGCCAGCUUCUAUGACCCCCCCGGUAUCUCUUUGCCUACAGCAGAGACUUUUGCUAAAGUGGAGGUGAUUGGCAAGGAAGCUGGCGGGGUCGACGGGUUUGGCAUCUAUGCAGGGCUCUCAGACGUCAAAGAUUGUUUCCAUCGAAUCAAACAACCUCGAUGGCUGGCCAAACACUUCUGCCUCCUUCCCAUUGAAGCGAGGCAUGUGGGCUUGACGGGGCAGACCCUGGAAGGCCGUACCUUGAGCUCAAGUGAUCUUGUUUACCCCAUGCCAGGGUCCUUGUGUAUGGGUUUCAGCUGGUCUUUGUUCUUCGCUCAGCGCAUCAGCGAAGCUUUGAUGGAUCAGGUACCAGGCCUUUCACAUUCCACCCGCAUCCAUGAUCGAGGUGGGCCAGCAGUUUUCGACGCAUUGCAGUCCCAUGAGAUAAAGCACUUUGUUUACGUGGACAACCUGGGGGUCAUGUCUAGUGAUCGACAAGCCGUGAGCCAGGAACUAGGGGAGCUCACGGACAAGUUCACGGACAAGAAGCUUUUGUUGCAUCCAGGCGAGAUUCAACAUGAGCACAUCAAAGCCCUCGGGGUUCAAAUGGACGGGAAGUUGCUGAAGUCAACUCUGACACCGGACAGGUUCCAUCGGGUGCGCCAAGGAGUACGUGGUCUUCUACGCCGAGGCAGGUGCACUGGCAAGGUGUUAGAGAUUGUUAUCGGGCACUGCACUUACUGUGGUCUUAUGAAUAGAUGUCUACUUAGCACUUUCCAUGCCUCCUACAAGUUCAUCCGUAACUCCUACUAUGAAGCUGCCCCUCUCUGGAACAGCGUCAAGGCGGAGCUGCGGGCCUUCAGCGGGCUCAUGGCCCUCCUGGUGGCGGACUGGUCUAGGCCUUGGAACUCAGUGGUCACAGUGUCCGAUGCCAGCGAAGAAGGGUUUGGCGUCUGCGCUGCCGCCUGGGAGCCUCAGGUUGCUGCUGAAGCCUCCGGCAAGUGGGCCGACGGUUUGCUCGAGGAUGAGGAAUACCUUAGACUCAGUGGUUGGGACCUCAAGCAAGACUUCCCAGAAGUUCCAGUCCAUCAGCUCAAGUCUCAAGAAUGGGCCACUGUGCGACAAGGUGCGUGGCGACGAUCUGAGCACAUCGUCCAUCUUGAGGCCAGAGCCUUGGUGAAGUCCUUUGAGUUUUUGGUUCAUGACACGGAGAUCUCGCAUUGUCGACAACUUUUUCUAGUGGAUUCUAUGAGCGCAAGUUUGUCUUUUGAUCGAUGCAGAAGCAAAAACUUCAGGAUGUUGAGACAGAUCCGAAAAUUUUGCUCACUAGCUCUGGCCCGAAACGUUGCCUUCUCUGUGCGUUGGGUGCCCUCGGAACUCAACCCCGCUGAUGGGCCAAGUAGAGAUCAGUCGCAGGUGCGAUGUCCUGUGCUAGAGCAGGGCUCAGAACUAGGGGACAUGAAGAGGAAGAGGCAGAAGACUUUGCAGACUCCAAACUUGAGGGCUCAGCUGUUGACCUCCCCGAACUUUGUGCCGCCUACGUUGGAAAGCCUGAGCAAGCUCGAAAUAGCGUCGGGCCGCCCAGCCCGGUUCGUGCGCGAAGAGAGCGACUCCUCGAGCAGCUCCAGCAUGGAAAAGAAGGAUACUCGUGCCAAGGUUCUUCAAAAGAGGAGUCGUCAUCGGUUGAAAAAGUACGUGGACGAAGUCAUGCAGGCCCAAUCCUCGGGACUGAGCCUGUUGGAAAGAAAAGCAAUUGGAGAGAGGACAGCCCUUUACUAUGUGCAGGAAUAUCGGCAAUUCCUCGUUUUUUUCCAAAAAGCGGAGGCUGCAGACGGUUGCAGCAACCGAGAUGGAUGCUGCCCUCACAGAGUACUUCAAUGCGCUUUUCCUCCAAGGGCAUCCAGCCCACCGAGGAAACAAGGUGAUCGCCUCAGUAAUGCACCAUCGUCCAGAGUUCAGCCGGCAAGGCACCUGCAAAUUGCCUCAUGCUUGGAGAGCACUAAAGGGUUGGCGCAAGUUGGCGCCAGGCAGUUCAAGACAGGCCAUGCCCCUGAGUGUGUGGGCAGCUUUUGCCUGCGAGAUGAGACGCCUUGGUUUUUUUGCAGAUGGCGGUCUUCACCAUGCUUUGCCUGUCGUCUUACAGCCGCCCAGGCGAGCUGUUGA